AUGUCCAUUACGUCGAACGUGGCUGCAUCGAGCGCGGAGUCUGGCAACGGCGCGCCGCCGAUCCCACCGAGGCGGAAGAAGCGCAAAGCGAGGCCCCCGGCUAAAUCAUCGGAAAGGGACGCGUCACCGUCGUCGAGCGUUGGCAAGAGGGCGGAGAGGAAACGGUUGGCGCCUCCGCCGCCGCCCCCACGAGCCGUUCGAAGGAUCGAGUCUCCAAAAUCGAAGGAAGAGAAGAGGAGGGAGAGGAGGAGAAGAGUCGAAGAGGUAGAGGCGGAAGGAACGUUAAAUAGCCUGAGCUCCGUCGAGACCUGUGAAACUUCCCAACCGUCGUCCAUACAGCUCGAGGAAACCGAUAAUACAUCGAGGAUGUCCAAUCAUGUGCUCCUCCUCGAGGAGGCGGCUAGGCAAGAAGAGGAGGAGAGAGCCGGUUGUUCGCCGCAACAACAACACCAAGAACGACAAGAACAGCAACAAGCAGCACCGUUCGUGUUCUCGAGGAAAGAGACGAACAAGUAUCCGCCGUUGCUGUUCACUUUGCACGACUUUCAGAACGUGAUGGCCGACACGUUGCAGGCAGAGCCCGACGAAAGGAAAGAUUGUCCGGCGAAAAAUUCGCUCGAGUUUUCCCUGGACGAUCCUCACACGUCCCCCCGCCGCGACCCCUUCCACGAAUUCUUCGAGAAAUCGUUGGACGACGAGGGGAGCGAGCUCUCGUUCCGCGUCACCACCACCAAUCUCCCGUUCGAGAAAUGUUUGGACAGGUGGGCGGCAGCCACCCUCGAGGAUCAGAUAAUCGAAAAUAUGCCGACCAGUUUCAUCUUCGAGGAUUACAUGGACAGAAGCAACAGGGUGAACAUCCGCCGAUCGGCCGCCCCUAUGUGCUACGACGAGGAAGAGGAAGGAGGGGAGGAAGGUAGGAAGGUGGUGGGAAAGUUGACCAAGGUGAGAUUCGUGAUCGAGUCGCCCAACUGCUCGACCCCGGAGCGGGGGUUGGACGACAACGACGAGUUGGCGAGUAUCGAUUCCUUGGCGAGAGGAAGCGAGGAGGCGAGGAGUCGCGCCCCUUCCGUCCAAUUGACCGAGAUCGCGAGUUGGACGGAGAACACGAGCGGUGUUCUCGAGCAAGAGGACGAGUUCGGCGACGUGCCGUUUAGCUCUGUUCUGAGGAACAGUUCGGGGGAAUGGUCCCUCGAGGAACCGAAUAAUAAGAUCCUCGUCGAGACGAUUGGAUCAUUGGCGGACGGGAAGGAUCGUUUUGAUUCGGGACUCGAUUCGAGGAAUCGGGUCUUCUCCGAGGAGAAGUUGAAAAUCACGGAGGUCGGGGAAGCGGAGGAGUUGGGAGGUGAAUGUUUGACGGACGAGAAGGAUAGUUUUAAAAACUCGACGGAAUUCGAUUCGGGGAAUCGGGUCUUCUCGCGGCCCUCCGAGGAAAAGUUGAAAAUCACGGAGUUUGGAGACGGGUUUUUGGAGGGGAGGGACAGUUUUAACGCGACAAAACUCGAUUCGAGGAAUCGGGUUUGCUCGUGGCCCGAGGAAAAAUUGAAAAUCACCGAGCUCGGGGAGGAGGAGAAGGGGUUGGAUUUGGGGGUGGAAACGGAGGACGAAGGUGAGAACGCGGAUACCGCCUCAAACAACAAUGUGGAAGACAAUAAAGAAUAUUUAAUAAACGAGCAUAACGAGAAUAUUACGGAAACUGCCGCUACUGGAACGGAGGAUAAUACCGAAUCGAAGAGGGAAUUGAUCAGAAACGAAAUAAACGGAAAUUUUGUCGGAUCGGCAGAGAAGGAGGAUUCUUUCGCUAACGAAGAUAAAUCAUUGACAAUAAAUAGGACGAAAGCGUUGGAUCGAGCGACGAACGAGGCAGGGAAUAACGUUUCGAAAAAUAAUACAUUAUCGAACGUAAGCGAACAGGCGUCGAUCGAGGAAGAUGCGAAUGUUGACGAAGGGUGCGUAAAAAUUAUCGGCCCGCCCGAUCGAUCAAUGGGGGAAUGCAAGAGAAAGAUUUUCGUGAACGAGUCUCUUCGAAGCAUGAUCGAUCAUUACUAUUUCACGUCGAACGAUUUGGAGGAAGAAAGCGAGGAUUCCGACGAGUCGAACGACGGGAAUUCUCGGAAGGAAAAGACAACGCCGAUUAAACGAAACGAUGAAGAAGAUUAUCGUAACGAAUUAUCGUUGGAGAAGAGAAGUGUCGGUGUUCCGGUCGAUAUUAGACGAAACUUCUUCCUGGAGAAUAUGUUGUCCGAGGAUGCGGACGAUUCGUGGCCGAGUUGCAGGAUCGUCGCCGCGCGCCCGAAAUCACCCGCUUCGCGGGAGGAGAGGAGGGUGGCGGAUCGGUUGAACGAGUCGAUAAAAAUGGAUUUGGAGAUCCAGAAGAUUUUGCAAGGGUCGAAGGAGGCGGGCGAAACAGGUUUAUCGAAGACGGCGAGCAGGAAGGUGGUCGAAAUAGGGAAGAGGAACGCCAGUGACGUCAAGUGCGACGUAUUGAACGAGUUGCUCUCCAAUUUUAACAGCAUAAGAUUGAAGCCGGUGAGUCGCGUCGAGAAGAAGAAGAAAGAGAUUGGAUCGGAGGGAGAGUCGAGGAACGACGAUUGUAACGAUAAUUCGGAGCCCGUAGUUCGGAGAACGGGCGAUGUAAGUUCGGAAUCGAGAAGUUCGGCGAAGCAGUGGCGUCACGCGGCCUGUCUGACCACGAGGAAAAUUCUCAACAACUGGAAGAACUGCGACGGGGAAGCAGGGAAGAAAGGAUCCUCGGAGCAGCCUCAACGCGAUGCCAACUUUUCAGGAUCAUCCGUUGAACCGGAUACGAUGGAUCCUUGUUCCCGUCCCUCGACCAAGCUGGAACGACGUCAACCCACCAGGGGAACGAUUCCGAAGAACCAAGUGUCCCGAAACGACGACGCGAGCUCGUCCGUAGAAACUGGCGUGGAACCGAUCAAACCUGCAGAAAUUAGCAAAGUUUCGCCGGAUCUUGGCGACGAAGAAACGAGAAAGGACGAAGAACGGACGAAGAGGAGGUCGAACAAGUCGGAAUUGGUUGGAAGGGUGGAAAGAGACAGCGAGGCUGUUGGAGGGACGCGUGACGAGGGAAAUGGACGAGGAGGAAGGUUGGAGGAAGGAGCGCAGACGGGUGGCUGCAGUGAAAAGACUGACGCGAGGGACGAGUCUUAUUAUAAUCGUGGCGCGAUCGCGCGACAGUUUGAAACGAACGCGAUCAGCGGCGAAAAGAAGAGUGCCAUAGCUAGGAGGAAUUCUCGACCCCAUUGUAAUAAUAAUGACAAUAACAGGGCCGUAACGACACCCGUAGUUCUAAGCGAUGACCAAUCCCGUGACGUUGUAACGAUAACCCCGGGUAGAGUUAGGAAAUUCGUCAAGUACUACGAGAUUCGACACGAGGUGACGACGACCGACAAAGAUUCUAAAGCUAGCGAUAGAUUAGAUAGGGAGGGGGUGCUGGGCCAUCGGUCCGUGUGCAGCAUCCGUAGGGGUUUGGAGGCGAGGGCCGACACCUUGGACGCGAAGAAGAAGAAGAAGAAGAAGAGGAGGAACGAUUCGCCGACGGGCAACGAGAGAUCGGCCGAUUCGACGAGGAGGGAAACCGGGGUGGAUGAAACGGAGAAGGUUGGGGACUCGAUAGGCGAAGUUGUCGCGGAUGACGUCCUCAUCACGGAGGAUGGUCACGCGGGGACGAGAGAGAUGAUACAAAACGUGUCGUCGUGUACGCGUGCCGGUAAAACGAAACGGAAGAAAUCGGUGAAAUUUCAACGUGGUUUCACUGUGAUCGGUGCGAAGAGUCUGGAAGAUAAUGGCCCCGCUGGGAGCCCCGAUGGCCAGAAGCCGGUCGAAAGAAGGAAGAUUCCCGACAGGCCGAGGCAGAGAGGAGCUGCCCUCGUGGACAAAGUGGAUUUUCAAGAUGGACAGGCCGAGGAAUUGGCCGACGCUGACUCGCGCUCUUUCGAGGAUAGAGAUAUUGCUCAGAUACAAGCCGCAGCGAAAUGUGAGGAAUGUUCAGGUAUUAAUCGCUUCGUUUCAAAACCAGAAACCCCACGCCUCGUAUUUUACUGUACUGUAUAGUUAUAAAUCGUAGUUUCUAAAAGUCGUCGGUCGUCGUCGCCGCCGCCGUUCCUUCGAAUCUCGGACUCGAGAUUUAACCACGACGUUUUUUUGUAGCGUCAUAGCUAAAUUAAGUCUUUUCCAUAUCGUUAAUUUUCCGAGCCUUGACCGAAGAACAGAUUUUUCACCGUCCCGUGAAAAAAUUAGAAUUUCAUUUUCACGCGGAAAUACUGUUCCUUUUACAGUUCCUUGAAAUUUCAAAGCGAACGAAUGAAUCACAACAAUUUAUUCUAAAUGUAUAAUAAAUACAUUUAGAAAUUAUUAAAGAAAAACAAAUCAUAAUAAAAUAGCGAGCAUCGGAUUAUCGAAUAUCGAUAACGUUCGCGACUUGAUAAAAUAACCAUUGCGUGUUAUUACUCUGUAAAUUUUUAAAAGAAUAAUAAUAGAAUUCCGUGGAACACGAAAACAGACUUGAUCGUUCGUCAUCAAUUUAAUAAGAAUUUGGACGAAAAGAUCUGUAGAUGUCUCGUUGAUCCAGGAAGGAAUCAGAGUUGGACAGAUUCUUUCGAUGAAGAGGAUUAACCCGUGGACAGAAACGUGUUUCCCUCCGGAUUUAUUCGGUCGAGCUCCCCGCGACGUUCCUUCCUCCUAAUUUUCUUGCAUCAUUUUGUCCAACUUAUUUUACUAUGUUUUCGGGGAUAAUGGGGCACCCCGCUAGAUUUACGACACCCUCGACGAGAGGCCGUGGAAACAAAAAGCAAAACGAUUUGUGGCUCCUCCGCCUCGCGAUCACUAUUUCUCGCGCAACGUAACGAUUCCAUGGUGGAAAUUCUUCUUCCUGAAACUUUUUUUUCCACGGAAUUUGAUGGAAAGUUUCUCAAGAAAAAAAGAAAAAUAAAAUCGAUUUUUGAGAGCCAAUCAUUUUUCACUCGGCAAAAAUAUUAAUCGAUCUUGGAAAAUUACAAGAAUGUAAACAAAAGUUCAGUCAAAAUUAAUCAAAAAAUGGAAGACGUUAUAGAGAUUUCCUAUUUAUCCAAGAAAAGUGAACAAACUUUCUCGCAUACCCUUUCGAAUUCGGUACAAAUAUUGAAAAAUCAAAUUUCAUAAACGGAGUUCCAUUGUACUAUCAAUUGCCCCUUUCUUCCUUCAUCUCCCUCUCAAAAAAAAGAAUCGUGAACGAUGUUAAAAAAAUACAAAGACAGGAAACAAGAUACUCGCGAGAAAGAAGGAAAAAUCUGUUCUUUCGUGAAGCAGCCAUUCUUCUAUUAGCACGAUUAGUUUCCGAUUUACGAGUUAGUUUCUCGGAUCGAGUUACAAUUUUAAUUAGCGUUGAAAAAAAACGAAUUAAGAAACAGCAGACAGCUCUUUAGCUCUGUUAUUGUCGCAAAUCUUCCUUGCAUUUAGGCGAGAUGCGUUGUUUUUUGGCGACGUUAGCGUAUCGCAGGAGCCGCGCGUAAUAUAACCCCCAUUAUUAUCCUGCGUAAUAUUGUGUAAUUAUAACGUAAAGGUGGAAGUAAUUUACGUGGUAGUGUAGUAGGCGAUAAUAAUAUAAUAACUUGUUGCGCUGUUUGUGUUACGUAUUACAUUAUUCUACGUGUUCAAAAGCUGAUCAAUUUUAACAUGCAGAUCGUUGCAGUGAUACGCAGUGUCGGGAAAAGUACUCUCAUUUCGGUAUCCGCGACCUCGUUCCUCCAUCGACCAAUAUCUAUUAUCGUUACACAGAAUAUAAUCCCCCCCUACACGUUUAUUUUUCAAGAUAUUUUUGAUUAAAUAAGAUAUAUAUAUAUACAUAGAGAGAGAGAGGGUAAUAAUGUAUUCAUGUGUAUUCAUCUUCAAAAAAAAACGUGUUUACAGUUUGUGUGGAUCUGUCACAAUCUCCGAGUAAACAACAAGUUAUUGAUUUAUGUCCGUUCCUUGAAAAUAAACUCACUCGUUAAUCCUAUUUGCACGUAUAUAUAAAUAUACUCUUUCUUAAAGGAGGAAUAAUCGUAAUGAUAUAUUUAUUCUACUUUUAAGUAUGUUAAGAGAGUUCUAUUACGCUUUACGUAGAGACUUGUAUAACAAAUUAUUUCAAAUAUUUUAUCAUAGACGAAAGAUUCAAUCGUAUUAUGAUAAUAGUAUUCCGUAGUCUUUAUAUUCUCAUUCGUUGUUCGUGAAAAUUAUUGUUUCUUUUUUUCCAAAACAACGAUGUACGAUGAAAAUAAUAAAUUAAACGAGAUCGAUUCGAGUUUCGAUCGUGUCGAAGAAUUUCACGAGGUUAGUCGGUAUCAUGGAUGGCCGGGUUUCUGUAAAGUUCUCGAUUCGAGACGUGUCGAGAAGCGGCAGAAAGUUUUUGACACGCGUUGGCAGAUCGAGUUAAAGGGAGGGAGUUCGUCGAGGUAUUCGUCGUCGUAUUCUUUCUUUGGCACGUUUGCCAAAGAAUCGAGCCGCGAUUUCAUGCCGAGAUCUACACAGGAUUGAAUCACGUGGAUUCGAUCCAGAAAUACUUUCCACGGUUCUUCCACACACACACAUCUCGAAACGAUCCUAAAUGAUAUCAUCGUUGCGCGAUUAACAUCUCUCAAGAGAUACCGAGAGUUGUGCAAAUGAAAUAGAAAUAGUCGAAUUAGUUCGAAUGUUGAAAAUAGCGCGGAUAUUAAUUUUAUUUAAUUAACACUUCGAUCGCCUCGAAUCGUUUCAAUUUGAUUUAUUUGUGCUCGGGCUUUCUUCAUGAUAAUAAUUUUAAUUUUAAUCACAGUGAAUCGAAUAACGAGUCAUGCAUCGAAGUAGAUGUAUUCAUACUUUUUUUCUUACGCGAAUAUCAAUUUUCUCGUCAAUUGAAUAUACGAGCAAUCAUGAUUUUAUUAGCUAAAGUCUCGCUCCAUUGUGAGAUUCUUAUUGAAAAUAUACAUACAUACAUAUAUAUAUAUAUUUUUUUUUAAUAUUUAAUUGCUUUUAACACGCUAAUGGAAAUGGAAAUUACACAUAAAUCAUGCGACGUGAGAAGUAUCGUAAAACACAUGCGUAUAAAAUCGAAAUGACAGUACUUUUUUGAAAGAUCGACACGUAGAUCGUGAUAUGCAUAGCAGUUUUCUUUGAAAGCGUGCAAUUCGUUGGCCAAAUGAGACUUAAACGCGGUGUGAUUACGCAAUCGUUUUAUUUUUCUUUUCUUUUCUCCCCACCCUCCCUCUUCUCCGUUGACUUAUUGUAAGUAAUAUGAUAAUUUAUCGUUCGAGUGCAUUAUCUUAUAUAUAUAUAUAUGAUAUAGGAGAUGAUUAACGAUAACGAGAAGAAUAAUAACGUUGAUAAAAUAGGGAUACGUAAAUGGAAUGCUUCUUAAGACUUAGUAUUAUUAUAUAUAUAUAUAUAUAUAUAUAUAUAUAUAUAUAUAUAUAUAUAUAUAUAUGCGCACGGUUAUGACCGUUGCGUUCUCGCGAGACGUGGAUGCGAAACAAAGCAAGAAGAGAGAUUUUUCAAGUUUUAAUUGAACGAACGAAUAACACAAAUGUUACUUUAAACGAGGUUAAAUUUAAUUUUCCUCCGCGUCUGUUAAAAAACGUGAUGAUAAAUACUAUUUUUUUUUUAAUUAUAUUAAAAGAUUAAUCGAAAUUUUGAUCAAAAUCGUAAAGAUAAUAAAAAUUAAUUAAUCUCGGUUUAAUUCCAUUUGACAUCUGCGUUUCAGCAAGAAGGCAACCGGAAGUGUCCGUGCAUAUAUUUAUAGACACACACAUACAUAUAUAUAUGUAUAUAUGUAUAUGUAUAUGUAUAUGUACUUGUACAAGAUGAAUGUAAGUAUUAUUACGCGAUAACGAUUCUAUGAAAACGCAAUGCGAUUCACCCGGUUGGUUAUGCGACCUUUUAUAAACGUUAAUUUACAUAGGUAGGGUAGCGUGAAGCAGAGAAAGUGCGAAUCGUGCGAGAUUCGUCUCGUUUAACAGAACAUGUUACACACGUUUAGCCGUGCAAUCGGAAACGCAGCUUGAACGAGCAAUAAAGCCACGGAUAACCAAUGGAUUUCUUUCGACGCGGUGGCGUAGUAGUAGUAGCUUUUUCGAGAAAAGGGGGAAAAAAAAAAAAAAAAAAAUUCUUUGUUUUGCGAUCAUCGCGUCGGAUCGAUUCUUCGAUUUUUCGUAUCCUACAAUUCUUUUUGUAUUCUUUCUUUUUUUUUUUUUUUCUUCUUCGAUCACUUUCGACAUCUUCGUUCGAAAUAUUUCACGUCAUCGUAGUUGCAUUCGAUAAAAAUUGAAAUUUUAUCAAGAGAAUCGUAAUAAUCGAACGACCUUUUAUGAUAUUUUCUAUAAUUUUAUACGUUGGUUCAUUCUUGCACGCAUAUACUUGAUUUUAUUGUGUAAUAACAGCAUUGUUCCUUACUUUGAAUAGUGUGUACUAUUAAUCGAGUCACGAGUUUCAGAUAUGCGCGCAGCGUAUGGUUACAGAUUCUGAUUGUUGUUGCCCCCGAUAAAAAUGUUCAGUCAAAUGAAAGGAUUAAUAUCUCUAGUGAUUGUUGAAUAUAUAUUGUUCUUCCGUCGAACAAUAAGUUGGAAUUUCAAUAUUUUCGCGAUAUUUUUAAUAUAAAUAUUCAAUAUUAUACACUCGUGUCGAUAUAUUCUCGAUUCAACUCGGAACAUCCUUUUCGAAAUUCGAACGAAAAGAAAUAUUAUAAAUAUCCGAACGAUGAUGCAAAUUAUAUUUUAUUUCCGUUAUCUGCACAUUCACGGUGCAACAAUUGCUUACAAUAGAAUCAGCCGCACAUGUACAGAUACAAUGGGAAUAAAGUUUGCGCGUUAAAGUUUAAAUCGCGUUUCCAUUCGGUUACAAAUAUUUAUCCGGAAAGUUAGCAGUGAUCGAUGCAAACGAACCUAAGUUCCGUUCAUUUGACUCAACAUCACGUUCGAAUCUAAAUCCAGAAUCGCGUAGCUUUCAGUGCAAGUUUCAUUUCUCUCUCUCCGCGAUGAUGAUGAACCAGUGUGGUUUCUUUUUUUUUUUUUCUUUUUUUUUAGAUUUAAAGUUUUAGAAAAAAAAGGAAGAGAAGAAAAACAGAGACACACGAAUUGUAUAUUCAGGGAAAAUUGUACAAAAGCACGCGAAAAAAAGAAGAAAAAAAUAUUAAAAAAAAAAAAGAAAAAAGAAAGAAAAAAAAGAAGAAAGAAAAUCCAUCGUUAUAGAUAUACUCGUGUGUGCGUGCGAAUCACGAAGACGCUUGAGGAUCGGAGCUAGUUCCCUCCCCUCUCCUAUUUUAGAGGACUCAGAGAAUCAGUGGAUCAAAAUUUAGAAGAAUUUACCGGUCAAUUUACCCCUCCCCUGAAUACUGUUUUUUGUAGAAAAAAGAACAAAGAGAAAAUACAGUUAUUACCGUUUUAUAACUAUAUGUAGAGAGAAAGAGAAACGUGAUAGAGCGUGUUAUGCGAAAUAUACCACGUGUACCACCACCAACGAUGCCUCAUUGUACGCAAUAGAGUCACUCGCUAUCGAAGGAUAAAAAUAGUCGAUACUUUAUGUUUUAUUUCGAAAGAAAAUGUUUUCCUGCAGUACACUGUACGUUUAUAUUUCCGCUGAAUGCUGAAUAAAUUAUUAUUUUCUAUGCUACGAA